AUGCUCAAUGCAGAAGCUAAUACGUUGAAGACUUUUUGUAAAAUCGAUAUUCCACCAACUGCAAGGGUUCUUUUACUGAAUGAAAAUCAUUUAGAAAAAGUUGAUGUUUCAACAAAUGCCAAGGGAGAAGUCCUACAUUUAGAUGAGUUGGACCUAGGGAUGAACACUGAAUUGGCCAUGCAGAAUCUCAAACUUCCAGCCAUAGUGAGAUCUUGGAUCUCCAGGGCUGUGAAUUGA